UCUCUUUGUAAGUAUAAUCAUGGUCGCGUGGUAUUAUUAUGACUAGGUAUUAUCGUUUCUACAAAACAGUUCAGGGGUAGAUACUGUCGCAUACGUGGACUCAAAAUGACCGUCAUAUUCCAACAAAGAUUUCUGUUUUAUAUUAUCGGAGCCUCGUUCAUGAUCUCUCGCUCAGAGGCGGUAGAAAAAGGAGCAAACGGCGGUGUUUAUUGUCUUGGCUGCACGGCCAUUGUUAGCUUGACACAACAAUUAUCGGAGUACCACAACGUAAGUUUUAGUAAGUCGUUUAGACAACUCUGCUCCUACUUUCCGCCGCCAUUAUCCUACGGCUGUUCCAUACUUGGUGAAGUAUUUAUGCACAAAAUCAAGCCGUAUCAGUUUUCCUCCCCCGAUGUUAUUUGUCAUAAAAUCAACAUAUGUUACAACGAGAAAGGUCAACCGGAGUGCAAACUAUAUCCAGACACGACGACCAAAGAUCAGUUUACAAAAACUAAUAAAAACGUCGAAGGAUUAGCGAAUGGGAAGCUGUCCAAUCACAUUAAAGAAGAAAGAAUCGCUCAGGACGUUCAGCUCGGAUUUGAUAUUUGUACGUUGCCUGUGAUUGAUUGGAUUUGUGGUUUAGUGAAGCAGGUAUUCAGACAAGGAAAACCAAUAUUCGACUUGGACGGGGAUCGUUUUAGUGCUUACCUCAAGCUUCGAGGUUCCGCAUGGCGGGGCAAAGAUUGCAACGAUUUUUUUAGCUCGCAUUAUCCUGGAAGAAAGCCAUUUAACGGCGAUAUGUUCUUUGAUUCGAAUUGCAACGGGAUCUAUGGUUACAACCUGCAACAAUCACGUACAUGGGAGGAUAUAUUGUGUGCAGAAAGUUCCCCUCAAGGGACGAUCGCGUUAGGGGAUUCCAUGACCGCUCAUUUUCACAUACCUCCUGAAUGGCUGACAGCGACAGAAAUCACGAAAGACAUCUUUAAAGAUUUGUGGUUGGUUUUGACCAACGAAUUUGAUUGGCCAAUGAUGUCUGCUUUCACUGGUUAUUACAAUCAAUCUGAUUGGCCGCACAUCAUCUCCGGGCCAAUAGAUUCGGUUUAUAAGCACAUCGUGAAACGCAACCUGUGCAACCACAGAGAUUAUCAAAAUAUUGGGAAGAACGGCGCAGACUCGUUUACGAUGAAUGACGAACUCGUCGGGGCUAUGGCACGUGACCAGAAAGCGGACAGACCAGCGUUAGUUUUCUACUCGCUGGUCGGCAACGAUGUUUGUAACAGCGACCCGACAGGCGGAGGUAUGACAACGGUUGAACAGAUGAGAGCAAACGCGUUGAAAACCAUGUCAAGUUUCGAUAAGAUCCUUCCUAACGGCAGCCAUGUUGCCAUGAUAGGUUUGGCGGACGGACGAGUAUUAUUCGACGCGAUGCAUAACCGUACACACCCGAUUGGAAAAUUACGAAACGACGUCACGUACGCUAGAUUGUACGAUUUCCUCAACUGCCUGCAAAUCUCCCCGUGCGCAGGUUGGCUCAACAGCAAUGAGACCAUACGAAAUGCAACGUCAAAGCGCGCAAGAGAAUUGAGCGCGGUUUUAAAGAAUAUCGCAGAGACCCAAAAAUAUCAAAAUUUCGACUUGGUGUUCUUCCCAAACGUAUUUGAAGAGGUAAUAAACAUUUGGAAUUCUAUGGGGGCAGGUCACGAGACAUGGCAACUUAUCGAACCAGUCGAUGGCUUCCAUCCCAACCAAAAUGCAAUGGCACUAGUAGCGAAAGUGCUUGUCAAAGUAAUGGAAACAAAAACACCACAUUUCUUGGGUGAUGUCAAUCCACACAAUGAAAUGAUUAAGAAGUUGUUUGGUGAUCAAGGUGGCUACAAGUGAAAUAGACAUAAACGGUAUUAUGAAAACCAAACAUAUAACGAUAAAUGCAAGUAUGAAUGUGAAAUUGUUUGUGUUGGGUGCAGCUUGUUUAUAGUGAGUUUUAUAUAGUUUAAAAA